AUGAUGAAGCUCCAAGGAGGACUUCUCCAAUGGAGUCGUAGCAGCUUAAUACCGUCGAUUAACAUGACAAUUAGGUCGACCCAUCUCUCUAUCUCCGCCUGUGUCGUCGAGCAGAACCACCAGCUCACGGCGAAGGAUAGGCGGCAGCUCCGAAACGAACGGCGAGAGAGCAAAUCGGGGUAUAGUUGGCGAGAAGAAGUCGAGGAACGUCUGAUUAAGAAACCGAAGAAACGUUAUGCUUCGUGGACAGAGGAGCUGAAUCUGGAUACUUUGGCUGAGUCGGGUCGACAAUGGUGGGUGGUUAGGGUUUCGAGGCUUCGUGGUCAGGAGACUGCUCAAGUCUUAGCUCGAGCUUUGGCUCGUAAGUUCCCUGAAAUGGACUUCACGGUUUAUGCUCCAGCUGUUCAGGUGAAGAGAAAGCUAAAGAACGGUACUUUAUCUGUGAAACCGAAACCUGUGUUCCCGGGUUGCAUUUUCGUCAGAUGUAUAUUGAACAAAGAGGUACAUGACUUCAUAAGAGAAAUUGAUGGAGUUGGAGGUUUCAUAGGUUCAAAAGUUGGAAACACCAAGAGACAGAUUAAUAAACCGAGACCAGUAGACGAUAGUGAUUUGGAAGCCAUUUUCAAACAAGCAAAAGAAGAACAAGAGAAAGCAGACAAUGAGUUUGAGGAGUUACAACGAGCUGAAGAAGAAGCGAGUUUAGCCUCACAGAAACUUCUCUCAUCUAAUUCAGAUGUUAUCGAGACCGUAGAAUCUCUUGCAGAAACUAAACCGAAAAGAACCCCGAGAAAAGCUACUCUUACUACUAAAACAAAGGAUCCAAAGGCAAAGAACAAGAAACUUGCAGCUGGUUCUACCGUUCGAGUUGUAUCAGGAACAUUCGCGGAAUUCGUAGGCAACCUAAAGAAACUGAACCGCAAAACCGCAAAGGCAACAGUCGGAUUUACUUUGUUUGGGAAGGAGACUCUUGUGGAAAUUGACAUCAAUGAACUUGUUCCUGAGAUUCAAUCUUAA